CCGAGCGCACCUCCGGGAGCGGCGCGGGCGGCGGCGGUGCGGACGGCGGCGGCCUCUGAGCAGGAAGAAGAUGAGCCUCAAGUCAGAGCGCCGAGGAAUUCAUGUGGACCAGUCGGAACUCCUGUGCAAGAAGGGAUGUGGCUAUUACGGCAACCCUGCCUGGCAGGGCUUCUGCUCCAAGUGCUGGAGGGAGGAGUACCACCGAGCCCGGCAGAAGCAGAUCCAGGAGGAUUGGGAGCUGGCUGAACGACUCCAGCGGGAGGAGGAAGAGGCCUUUGCCAGCAGUCAGAGCAGCCAGGGGGCCCCGUCCCUCACGUUUUCCAAAUUUGAAGAGAAGAAGACCAAUGAGAAGACCCGCAAGGUUACCACAGUGAAGAAAUUCUUCAGUGCUUCUUCCAGAGUUGGAUCAAAAAAGGCAGAAAUUCAGGAAGCAAAAGCUCCCAGUCCUUCCAUAAACCGGCAGACCAGCAUUGAAACAGACCGAGUGUCUAAGGAGUUCAUCGAGUUUCUCAAGACCUUCCAYAAGACUGGACAAGAGAUCUAUAAACAGACCAAGAUGUUCUUGGAAGGAAUACAUUACAAAAGGGAUCUGAGCAUUGAGGAGCAGUCAGAGUGUACUCAGGAUUUUUACCAGAAUGUGGCAGAAAGAAUGCAGACCCGUGGAAAAGUGCCUCCAGAAAGAGUUGAGAAGAUAAUGGAUCAGAUUGAAAAGUACAUCAUGACGCGCCUCUAUAAACACGUGUUCUGCCCAGAAACCACAGACGAUGAGAAGAAGGACCUCGCCAUUCAGAAGAGGAUCAGAGCCCUGCACUGGGUUACACCUCAGAUGCUUUGUGUCCCUGUCAAUGAAGAAAUUCCAGAAGUGUCUGACAUGGUGGUGAAAGCGAUCACAGACAUCAUUGAAAUGGAUUCGAAGCGUGUGCCUCGGGAUAAGUUGGCCUGCAUCACCAGGUGCAGCAAGCACAUCUUCAAUGCCAUCAAGGUCACCAAGAGGGAGCCCGCUUCUGCAGAUGACUUCUUGCCCACGCUCAUCUACAUCGUGCUGAAGGGCAACCCCCCACGCCUGCAGUCCAACAUCCAGUACAUCACCCGCUUCUGCAACCCUAGUCGGCUGAUGACCGGGGAGGAUGGCUACUAUUUCACCAACCUGUGCUGUGCUGUGGCUUUCAUUGAGAAAUUAGAUGCCCAGUCUUUGAAUCUGAGUCAGGAGGAUUUUGAUCGCUACAUGUCUGGCCAGACCUCUCCCAGGAAGCAAGAGCCCGAGGGCUGGUCUCCUGAUGCCUGCUUAGGUGUGAAGCAGAUGUAUAAGAACUUGGAUCUCCUGUCUCAGUUGAAUGAAAGACAGGAAAGAAUCAUGAAUGAAGCCAAGAAACUUGAAAAAGACUUAAUAGAUUGGACAGAUGGAAUUGCAAAAGAAGUUCAAGACAUUGUGGAGAAAUAUCCACUGGAAAUUAAGCCCCAAAGUCAACCAUUAGCAGCUAUUGACUCUGAAAAUGUUGAAAAUGACAAACUCCCCCCACCAUURCAGCCUCAGGUUUAUGCCGGAUGAGGACCUGACGUGGGAGUGUUGCUCUAGGCCUGCAGCCUGCAAGCGGGGUCUGGAGUUCGACUCCAUUGCUUAUAGAUGCCAGAGCAUUUUUAAGGUACAGUUCRUGGGGGUGGUUUGUUUGUUUUGUUUUGUUUUUCCGGGUAGGAGAAGCUUAGUUAAUAAUAAAGUACUAUUUAUUUGA